AACUAUUUUACACUUUUUUUCCUUCUUAUUUCUCUCCUCCUCGUCCCCUAAUUCUCUUCUCUUUUACACUCUAUCGCAGCCGUCGGCAGUAGUAUUCAGCCAACCACAGCCUCACACUCACAGCGGCACCGGAAAACGACGACCGGACACCCACUCUGCUUGGUUCUUCCUUGAAACUACUAGAAAACAAAUUGGAUUUGGAUUUGGAUUUGGAUUUGGGUUUGGGUUUCGAUUCGUUGGGAGCUCGGCAAGGGUUUCUUAAUCUUAAUUCGUUGAAAUCUCGAUGGGUCGAAAGAAGACCAAUGCUCGGGACGAUGAGAACCCUGCACAAGGGGGUGCCAAGUCAAAGAAGAAGGGGUUACUUAUUGAUGACGAUGAGUACGCUAUUGGAACUGAGCUAUCUGAGGAGUCCCAAGUUCAGGAGGAGAAGGUUGUAAUUACUGGGAAGAAGAAGGGCAAGAAGGGUGGCUCUAAGGCUUCUGAGCUCAAAGGCAAUGAUGAAGAAAAGGCGGUGGAGGAGGUUGAGGAUGAUAAUGAUGAUGAUCAUGAAGUUGUCUUUGCUGGUAAGAAGAAGGGCAAGUCGAAAAAGGGUAAAGGGAAUAGUAUGCUUAGUGGUUCGAGUUUUGGGUUGCUUGAAGAUGAUGAUGAUAAUCAGGAGGAAACGGUUCAGAGUGAUGAGGGGGAUGGUGCUCCAGUGGUGAGUCUUUCGGGCAAGAAGAAACCGUCGAAAAAGAGUGGCCAUAGUUUGUUUUCUGCCUCAGCUUUUGAUGCUAUUGAUGAUGACAAUGAUGAUGAUAAUGAUGGGGAGGUGGUUGAUAAUUUCAUGGAUGAGAAUAAGUUGGUUGAAGAUGAUGAGGAGGCCCCAGCUAUUGAGUUUAUGGGGAAGAAAAAAAAAUCAUCUAAGGGUGGGAAGAAGGGUGGUAGUUUGUUUAAUGCCUCUGGUUUUGAUGCUCUUGGAGAUGGGGUUGAACCUGAGAAUAAAAAGAAAGAGGAGGAUGAAAAGAAAGAGGAGGAUGACGAGUAUGCUCAAGUUACUUUUUCUGGUAAGAAAAAGAAGUCAUCAAAGGCAGCUAAGAAAGGUGGUGGUAGUUCAUUUAAUGCAGUACUACUCGAUGAGGGAAUUGAUGAAGAUGUGUCUGUAUCUGAAUCAUCUAGAGUUGGCAACGAUGCUUUGGAGGAUGAAGAUGCUUCGGUCAUAUCAUUUUCGGGUAAGAAGAAAUCUUCUAAAAAGAAAGGUAACAGUGUUUUUUCUCAAUUGAAUGAAGAAGAUGUUGGGGAUGGGAGUGAAGUUACAGAUGCAGCUGAAAUUGAACCAUUGAGCGUUGGAAAUAGUAAUAGCGGAGCUGAUGGGUCGUCUAAAGUCAGUAAGAAUCAGGAAGUAGCAGGAACUUCUAAGAAUAAAAAGAAGAAGAAGAAGGGAGGAAGGACUGAUCAAGAAGAGGAUGAUUUGGAGAAAAUUCUUGCUGAGCUUGGUGAAGCGCCUCCAGUAUCAAAGCCUGCUGCUCCUACACAAGAGGAGAAAGUUCAGGAACCUGAAACAGCUGGUUCUGUUGAUGAUUUGGGUGAAAAGGAAGGUGAAGAAGAGAAUGUAGAGUCUGCUGCGGCAAAGAAAAAGAAAAAGAAGAAGGAAAAAGAAAAGGAAAAGAAGGCAGCAGCGGCAGCAGCUGCGGCGACAGCUGCUUCUGUUGAAACAAAAGUUGAAAAGCAAACUGAAGUGAAGACUGAAGCAACAGAACCCAAAAAGAAUGAGUCUAAGGGUAAAGCUGCUGACAAAAAAGUGCCAAAACAUGUCAGGGAGAUGCAAGAGGCACUUGCCAGGAGAAAAGAGGCGGAAGAGAAGGCAAAGAAGGAAGAAGAGGAGAAGUUAAGGAGGGAAGAAGAGGAAAGGCGGAAGCAAGAAGAACUUGAGAGGCAAGCUGAAGAGGCCAGGCGUCGGAAAAAGGAGAGGGAAAAGGAGAAGUUGCAAAAAAAGAAACUGGAAGGCAAGCUUUUAAGUGGGAAGCAGAAGGAAGAAGCUCGUAGGUUGGAGGCAAUGAGAAACCAAAUACUUGCUAAUGCUGGGAUGCCUCUUCCUACCAAUGACACCGGUGCACGAGCUAAAAAACCAUUGUACCAGAAAAAGAAGUCAAAAUCAAUACCCCAUCAAGUUAAUGGUGCAGGUUCUUCUAAGCCAGUUGAAGACACUGAGGAAAGGGAAGCUCUGCAAGAAACUGUUUCUGAGGUCAAUUCCGUGGAAUCUGAGAAGGUUGAGGAGACAGAUGAUGUUGAUGAGAAGUCCGAAGUGGCUGAGUCUAUCCAAGAGAAUGGAAUUGAAGAAGAAGAAGAAGAUGACGACGAUGAUGAAUGGGAUGCAAAGAGCUGGGAUGAGGCCACUGUCAAUAUUUCAGUAAGAGCGUUUGCUGAUGAGGAGGUUGACGCUGAGACGAAACCUGUUGCUAAAAAAGGAGUGAAAAACACAGCCUCUUCUGCAGCUGCAAGUACCAAGCCUGCCGAUACUGCAAAAAAAUCUGUUCAAUCUCAGGAUGUGGACAAUAAGAAAAAUCAGGAGCCUGAAGUUACUGACAAAAAGAAGACGAAAAAUGCUACAGCGAAAAAAGCAACACAAAAUUCAGAUGCUACGCCUACGACUGAAAAGGACCUUCGUUCACCCAUUUGCUGCAUCAUGGGACAUGUCGAUACUGGUAAAACUAAGCUAUUGGAUUGUAUUCGUGGUACUAAUGUUCAAGAAGGUGAGGCUGGAGGUAUUACUCAACAAAUUGGAGCAACAUAUUUCCCUGCGGUGAACAUACGUGAACGGACCAAGGAACUAAAAGCUGAUGCUACACUUAAGGUGCCAGGGCUAUUGGUUAUUGAUACUCCUGGUCACGAAUCAUUCACAAACUUGAGGUCAAGGGGUUCAGGGUUAUGUGAUAUUGCGAUUUUGGUUGUGGAUAUUAUGCACGGCUUAGAACCACAAACAAUCGAGUCAUUGAAUCUUCUGAAAAUGAGGAAUACCGAGUUUAUUGUGGCAUUGAACAAGGUAGACAGACUCUAUGGGUGGAAAAGCACCCGCAACGCACCAAUUGUAAAGGCAAUGAAGCAACAAUCUAAGGAUGUCCAAAAUGAGUUCAACAUGAGGCUCACUCAGAUUGUUACCCAGUUCAAGGAACAAGGCUUAAAUACUGAGUUAUACUACAAAAACAAAGAAAUGGGAGAGACAUACAGCAUUGUACCUACAAGUGCCAUUACUGGUGAAGGCAUUCCAGAUAUGUUGUUACUAUUGGUUCAAUGGACUCAGAAAACUAUGGUUGAAAAGCUUACUUUCAGCAAUGAAGUGCAGUGUACUGUAUUAGAGGUUAAGGUCAUUGAAGGUCAUGGGACAACUAUUGAUGUUGUACUGGUCAACGGAGUGCUUCAUGAAGGAGAUCAAAUUGUUGUUUGUGGCAUGCAAGGACCAAUUGUUACUAGCAUUCGAGCAUUGUUAACACCCCAUCCCAUGAAAGAGCUCCGUGUCAAGGGAACCUAUCUGCAUCACAAGGAAAUCAAGGCUGCACAGGGUAUAAAGAUCACAGCACAGGGCCUUGAGCAUGCUAUUGCUGGUACUGGUCUGUAUGUGGUGGGCCCUAAUGAUGACUUGGAAGAUAUCAAGGAAACAACUAUGGAGGAUAUGAAGUCUGUCAUGAGCAGGAUCGACAAGAGUGGUGAAGGAGUUUGUGUGCAAGCAUCUACUCUUGGUUCCUUGGAAGCAUUGCUGGAGUUUCUUAAAACCCCAGAAGUAAAUAUUCCUGUUAGUGGUAUAAGCAUAGGCCCUGUACACAAGAAAGAUGUCAUGAAGGCCAGUGUGAUGCUAGAAAAGAAAAAGGAGUUUGCGACAAUUUUAGCUUUUGACGUCAAAGUGACGCCAGAGUCCCGUGAACUUGCCGAUGAGUUGGGCGUAAAGAUCUUUAUUGCUGAUAUUAUUUAUCACUUAUUUGAUCAAUUUAAGGCCUAUAUAGAUAAUUUGAAGGAGGAAAAGAAGAAGGAAGCAGCCGAUGAAGCAGUCUUCCCAUGUGUUCUCAAGAUUUUACCCAAUUGUAUUUUCAAUAAAAAAGAUCCAAUUGUCUUGGGAGUUGAUAUUCUUGAAGGCAUUGCAAAGGUGGGAACUCCAAUUUGUAUUCCUCAAAAGGAUUUCAUUGAUAUUGGUCGCAUUGCUUCAAUUGAAAAUAACCAUAAACCUGUUGAUACGGCCAAGAAAGGGCAGAAGGUGGCCAUUAAGAUUGUUGGCAGCAAUUCUGAGGAGCAGCAGAAGAUGUUCGGCAGGCAUUUUGAGAUUGAAGAUGAGCUUGUCAGCCAUAUUUCAAGAAAGUCCAUUGACAUCCUAAAAACUAAUUAUCGAGAGGAUCUCUCACUAGAGGAUUGGAAGUUGGUCGUGAAACUGAAGAAUCUUUUCAAGAUACAAUGAGAUUAUUUUUUAUAUUAAGCACAGCCACAAAACAAUUUUUCGGUCGAAAAUACCAGGUGGCCUCACUCUGAAGAUGUCUGAUACAGAGAUUAGUAGAGCAAAAUUUUGUCCGGAAAAAUGUUUUGAUCCAUUCAACAGCAGCAGCAGCAAAUUGGUCCACUUUUCUUUCAGAGUGUUCAGUGCCAAAGAAGUGAUCGAGUUCAUUCAAGUGUUGAUGGUGGUAUACAAAGGUUCCGAGUGUGGAAAGCUGGAAGUGGGUAAGAUUUUACCUUAAAGUUGUCAUAUUUUUGUUCAAAGAUGUCAACGUGUUUUGUUUCUUCAAAAAUUUAAUUCAUUGUCAAAAUUGUGAGCUGUACCGUAGUAGGAGAAAAGAGCCCCCUAAGUGGCCUUUUUUUUUUCUAAAGUAAUUUUCUAAAGUUCUUACAUUUUGAAAUUUUGAUAGUCUGGGUUAUUAGUUAUUACAAGAACAAUAUCAUCUUAAAAUAAAUUCUUUUAUCACA